UAAAUCAGAACGUGUUAGCGUUUUUCAAGUACUAGUCGAACUAGCUAGUAGAUUGGCUGAUUAAAAUUGGUAGUAUAAUAAAAAUGUCAAAUAUAGUAAGCUCUGAUCGCCCUAGGCGUUACUUUGGCGUGCAUUACCGCCUCUUGAGGUUCUUAGGGCUAGGCUGGUGGCAUCACCCGGACGAAGGUGAUUUCAGGAACUUUCCGAGCUGGUACCUGUACUAUUCCAUUCUCACUCAAGUCGUUUGGGUGGCGGGUUUCGUCGGUCUCGAAACCAUCGAUCCUUUUGUCGGCGAAAAGGAUAUCGACCGAUUCAUGUUCAGUCUCUCAUUCGUCAUCACCCACGACCUCACUUGCAUCAAGCUUUACCUUUUCUUUUUCAAAAACCGUGCUAUCCAGGAGAUCGUGCGCACCAUUGAAAUCGACGUUUACGAUUACUAUCAAAAUGUUGAUAAAAAUCGCAGAACAAUCAGAAUUACAAAAGUCAUGACGGCGUCUUUUGUUUUUUUCGGGUGGAUUACUAUUGGCAAUACGAAUGUCUACGGCACUAUAAUGGAUUUAAGAUGGAAGAAAGAAGUAGCUCUUUUAAACCAUACUGCCGUAAAGCCGCCACGGACGCUCCCUCAACCUAUUUACAUACCAUGGACAUAUCAAUCGGAUGAGUCAUAUAUCGCGACGUUCGUGCUGGAGACAGUAGGUUUGCUGUGGACGGGACACAUCGUGAUGACUAUAGACACUUUUAUCGGGUCACUCAUCCUUCACAUGAGCUCUCAGUUCUCGAUACUACAAGAGGCAUUCAUGACUGCAUAUGAACGCGCUCUAUCGCAACUAAUCUCAGACAUGCCGCUUGAUAUUUAUACGCAGGAAGAAUCAAUUAAUGAGAAUAUUGACAUUCUUAAAGAUCGUCUGGAUGAGAUAGAAGCUAAAGUUAAAUCAUUUUACACUGACAUUCAAAUUGAAUCUGCUAUAGAAAAAUCGGUAAAGACCUGUCUUCGUCAACAUCAAUUGUUGAUUAGCUGCGUGGAAAAGUUCCGAGUGACUUACUCCUACGGCUUCAUGACUCAGCUGCUGUCCAGUAUGGCUGCCAUUUGCGUCGUAAUGGUGCAAGUUUCGCAAGAUGCAUCGAGUUUCAAGUCAAUUCGUCUGGUGACAUCCUUGGCGUUUUUCAUGGCAAUGAUCAUACAACUUGCCAUACAAUGCUUCACGGCGAACGAGCUUACGCUUCAGGCCGAGUGCGUAUCGGACGCGGUUAUGCAGUCGAAAUGGGAGCGUAUGUCGCCUCGCAUACGUCGGUACCUCCUGAUAGCAAUGAUGCGAGCACAACGGCCUCUCAGGCUAUCAGCCGCCGGCUUCGCUUACAUGGACAACCGGUGCUUCUUGGCAGUAAGUAUUCUGAAGAAGUAG